AUGUUAACAGACGCUUCUCUCACAGCUGAAAAGGUGGCACACUAUCUGCCUUUAUCGGGCCAGUUACCCGAGAUCCAGGGACGUAUCAUAAAUGUAACACAUCAAAUACCCUACAACAUUUUGCGCUCACAUCAACACACUCUCGACCAGCAAGAUCAGUAUCCCAUCUCACCACCAAGAUCUCCACAUGCUGCUGAUAACUCAAAGGCUAUUACUCCUGGUAAAGAGGACUGUACAGCUGAUCCAGUUGCAGCUGCUCCCAUCUCCAAAUUGGCUCGUCAUCACAGACGAGGUGUUACUCUUCGUAUGAAGUUUCACGCAGCUGACUGGACUGUGGUUGAAAGAAGGGGUCAUCAAGCCUUGUAUGCUGGUAUACAGAGCUUGCGCAAGGAUAAUGAAACGCUUCAUAUUGGUUGGACGGGUCCUAUCCGAGAGCAAGGUACUCGCAACAAGAUUGCAACAGACACAUUGGCUGUAGAGGACAAGGUAAAGCUUCAAUCGCUCUUAUGGGAAACGGGCCAUAUAGUGCCUAUCUUUCUGGAUCAAAAGAAAUCUCACGGCCAUUACGAAGGAUACUGUAAACAAGUGUUGUGGCCUGUGUUUCAUUAUUUAGUUCAAUCCUCUUCCGGUGAUAGUAGAGCCGAGAAGCGUCAUUGGGAUGACUACGUUGCUGUGAACCGUCAAUUUGCAGACACUAUCAUUGACAGAUACCAAAAGAAUGAUAUCAUCUUUAUCAAUGACUACCAUUUAUUGCUGGUCCCUGAAAUGAUCCGUGAGAAACUUCCUGAUGCGGCUAUUGGCAUUUUCGUUCAUGCUACAUUUCCAAGCUCUGAGAUAUUCCGUUGUUUACAAACCCGAAAUAAAAUCCUUCAGGGCAUGCUCGGUGCAAAUCUCAUUGGGUUUCAGACCUACUCUUAUGCCAGGCAUUUCAUUUCGUCUUGCACUCGCGUUCUGGGCUGCGAAACAACUCAGGUGGGUGUCAGCUACAAUGGCACCAUGAUUUCAGUGGGUGCAUUUCCUAUCGGUGUGGAUUGCAAUAGAGUAGCUCAGUUCUGUAAACAACCCGGUGUUCAGCCUAAAAUGGAUGCUAUCCGUGACAUGUAUGCUGGAAAGAAGAUUAUUGUGGGGCGCGAUAAGCUUGACAGCACCAAGGGCAUCUUGCAGAAGCUACAUGCUUUUGAAAAGUUCCUCAAAGACUUCCCUGAAUGGCGCAACAAUGUGGUCUUGAUCCAGGUCGCUACGCCUACACAUGGUGACCACUCCAAGUUGGAAGCCAAGAUUUCAGAGGCAGUCAGCCAUAUCAAUAGUGAAUUUGGCAGCAUUGCAUUUGUGCCGUGCCAUUACUACCACCAAGAUAUCGACCGUGAUGAGUACUAUGCCCUGCUGUCCGUGGCUGACCUUGCCCUGAUUACUUGUAGCCGAGAUGGCAUGAACACAACAUCGUAUGAAUAUGUUCUCUGUCAACAUGAUAAACCAGAACAAGGACCCUUGAUUCUUUCAGAAUUCGCUGGUACGGCAGGUUCUUUGAAUGCAGCCAUCUUGGUGAACCCUUACGAUUUGGCUGGUGUUGCACGAGCCAUCAAUGACGCUUUGACCAUGCCUACAGAAGAAAGAACAACGCGCCAUGAUAAGCUUUACAGCCAUGUUACUAGUCAUACUGCUGAUUUCUGGGCACAUUCGUUUAUCAAGCAUUUGGUGAGUGUCAGCCAACAACAGGAUCUUCAAUCGCAUGCUACACCCAAACUGGACAUACAAAAACUGGUUCAAGACUACACAUCUGCAAAGAAGAGAAUCAUGUUUUUCGAUUACGAUGGUACACUAACGCCUAUUGUCUCGGUGCCCUCAGACGCUAAACCGGGCCACGAUAUGCUCAAAGCACUGCAAUUCCUGUGCAAUGAUCCCAAGAAUAUUGUUUGGGUAGUGUCUGGAAGAGAUCAAGUUGUCCUGGAUGAGUGGUUGGGAAGCAAUAUUACAAAUAUUGGACUCAGUGCAGAGCAUGGAUGUUACUUGAAAGAGGUUGGAUCCAGUGAAUGGAAGAGCAUUGCUGAUGGCAUGGAUAUGAGCUGGAAGGCAGAUGUAGAGGAGAUCUUUGAUUACUAUACAGAACGUACCCAAGGCAGUUUUGUCGAGCACAAGAAAUCGUCUAUUACCUGGCACUAUCGCAUGGCAGAUGCUGAAUAUGGUGCCUUCCAAGCCAAAGAGUGCCAAAACCAUCUGGAGAAUGCCAUUGUGUCUAAAUAUCCUGUAGAAAUCCUGGUUGGCAAGAAAAACUUGGAAGUUCGACCCAUGUCAGUGAACAAGGGAGAGAUUGUGAAGCGCAUUCUAUCCAAGAAUUCAGAUACCAACCUGGUCAUGUGUGCUGGCGAUGACAAGACGGAUGAAGACAUGUUUAGAGCAUUGAGUGCGGCUCAUUACCAGCAAAAGCAAAUCUCUUCUCCUACUGCUUUGAGAGUGUCUUCACCCAACGUCUCUCCCAAAAGUACGAUUACACCUCAUGUCAUUUGGCAAGAGCAAGACUCGAGCUUAUAUUCCAUCACGGUGGGUCCAUCAGAAAAGAAGACACAUGCCAAUUGGCAUGUCAAUACACCGCGACAAAUCAUUCAGGUAUUGGAAGCAUUGGCUGCAUUGGAGUAA